AUGGAAGAAGAUGUUCAUAAUGAUGAAGAGGAUAUCAACUCUUUGAGUGAAAAUAUGAACGAGAAUCUAUAUAUCCCUCAAGUUGCAAACGAUCGAAAGCCGGAAAUUGGAAUGAGAUUUGCAACGGUUGAUGAUGCGUUUGCAUACUACAAUCAGUAUGCACGGGAAGCUGGUUUUAGCGCAAGAUCAAGUAGUAGCAAAAAGAACAAGAAAAACAAUGAGCUUGUUUGGAAACAAUUUGUGUGCUUCAAAGCUGGUCAAACUGAUGAGAAUCGUUCAAAAAAAAGAGCAGUGAAUGGUGCCACGAUCAAUUCAAGAGCUCGUGGUGAAGUUAGAACUGAUUGUAAGGCAAAAAUUUCGAUUGUCAAGCAACAAAUUGGACCGGAUUGGAGUGUCAGCGUCUUUGUGGAAGGUCAUAAUCAUGGACUUUCGACUCCUUCAAAAGUUCACUUGCUUCGAUCACACCGUAAUGUUUCUACUGUGAAGAAAGUAUUAACUCAAAAAUUUUCAGAAGCUAACAUUCCGACAUGUCAGCAAAUGCAACUAUUAGAGAUUGAGUAUGGUGGACCUGAAAGUAUAGGUUGCAUAGAAAGAGAUAUUAGGAAUUUUGAGAAAGAAUUAAGGGAUGAACAAAAGGGAAUCGAUGCUGAAACUCUGAUAGAAUUCUUUACAUCUGAGAAAGAGAAGAACAAAUCAUUUUUCUUUGAUUUUUGA